GUCUUAUCACUUACCGCUUAUGUAAUUAUGAUACCUUCCCGUCGAACUGAAGUCCGGCAAAAAAUUAAUUUUUGGGUGAGACGGACGCAUCUAUGAACACCACCGAUCCCAUCCGGAGGUAGCUACGGAAGAUCUCGCUUUUACUCGGUGAGCGAUAUAGUGUAAGUCGAUACUAGCACGACAGGAUGGCACUCCCCGAGUACAAGAAGAACUUCCUCCGCGCGGCGGUGGAAGGCGGCGCUCUGCGGUUCGGGUCCUUCGAGUUGAAGUCGAAGCGGAUAUCACCCUACUUCUUCAAUGCCGGCGAUUUCUACACCGGCGCGCUCCACGAGCCUUUCAUGGAUGCCUACGCGCAGACCAUCGCCACUAGCGAACUGGCCGACUGCUUCGACGUCAUCUUCGGCCCCGCAUAUAAGGGCAUCCCGCUGGCCGCCACUGUCUUCUACGCGCUGAUUAAGAUGGACCGCGCCAAGUACCGCAACGCCGCCUAUAGCUUCGACCGCAAGGAGGCCAAGGACCACGGCGAGGGCGGCACCAUCGUCGGGUCGCCGCUCCGUGGGAAGCGAGUUCUCAUCAUCGACGAUGUCGUGUCCGCAGGCACGGCCAAGCGCCAGGCCAUCGAUAUGAUCCGCGCGGCCGGCGGCACCGUCGUGGGCAUCGUCGUCGCCCUCGACCGUCAGGAGACGCUACCUGACGGUGACGGCAAGACGAGCGCCAUCGGCCAGCUGCGGAAGGAGUACCAGAUCCCAAUCGUCUCCAUCGUCAAACUCGACGACAUUAUCGACGGAAUGGGGGGGAUUAUCUCGGAUGGCGAUAUCAAGCAUAUCGAGGAAUACCGCACCCAGUACGGGGCCAGCGAUUGAGGCUGUGUGAGUGAAGACUUUGGUCCUGGAUCGCUAAUCACCGGAGUACAACUCGACAAUCCGAGAGGAUUGAGUGGGAACGGUGCGACUCCUGGGUCCCCUGAUACGUCGACGCCGGAGCAACCAGCGAGAAGGAAUUCGGCUAAACCCCCGGAGAGGGGAAAGGAAAAUGGGAAACCAUCGUUCGUUGUGCUUCCCGAAGGUCAGGGGUCGGUCGAGUAGGAGAAGGCGGACGGACGGAUGUAUGUAUGAAAAAGACAUGGUUUCGGCCCCCCCUGAGCCUCUCUAAGCCCCUUAUUUAUGCCUUAGGGCGAGUAUACAUACGGACUGCCAAGGCCCGUGGCAACACGGCUAAACGCAUCAGUCAUGUCUGGGUAGAUGAAUACCGAAAUCAGGUCCGAUGCGGCUUUGUACACAAGGAGCGGCGCUUGGCCAUUCCGCCAGCUCCGCCUAUUCCGACCCGCUAGAUGAAUAAAUAGGCGGGACGAAUAAAACGAUUUUAAGUAGUGAUAAU